AUGGCGCCGCGCUCGACGCAAACCGUCGUGGAUCCACCUGGCGCUGCGCCUUGGUCGGGCGUCCGCGACGAGAUCUCUGCGGCUGACGCCGGCCAGUCUGUCGACGGCAGUCGUGUCUUCCGCCUUUCCACGAGUUCGUUCGCCUCUGUCCUGCGUCACUUCUCGACGUCAACCCCUUCCAAUCCUUCCUUCUCCAUGCCGUCUCCCUUAUCCUUCUCUUCCACUUUCGGUUUCUCGCCGUCGCCGUCGCCGCCGCGCACGGCUUUCGUCCGACAAGCUACUCUCUGCUGUGUCUACACCGGCUGUUACCUCUUCCUCCUCGGCGCGACUCUCCACCCCUCCUUCUUUCGCUCGCCGACUCUGAAGAGCGAAGGAAGUGCAAACAGACCAGAGGCUCCUUCUGUCUUGGCAUCUCCCACGCCGGCGUCUUCCUCGCUGUUUUAUCUCUGCGUCUCGUACUUUGUUGCUGGCGCACCGUUUGUGCUCCUUUUCCCCCUCUCCGUAGUGUGGCUUCUGAACGCGGCGUGCGCCGGCUUGGCGACGUUUUACUUCCGGCGCAUGUGUGGUGGCAUCGUGGUCGCGUCGACGCUCCUGGAUGUCCGGUUCCCCCGACCUUCUGCCGCUCUGUCUGAGUCACGCGAGACGAACUCGACCUGUCGCUUGCUCCCCCCCUCCUGGGGGAACGAGGGCUCGGACCGCCCUAAACUGAGAGAAGACGGAGGAAAAGGAGCGCGUCACGACCGCGCGUCGGUCGUCUCCGGUGUCUACAGUGACGCCUGGUCCUCGUCCUACGGCCCUCCCGACGUCGGCGAAAAGCAGAACGAAUGGGGGAAAGACGCAGAGCCUCCCGCCGCAUCCCCCCCUAGCGCCUGCCCAGUGCGGGGCGCGCCUUCUGGCGACUCGCCUCUGGGGAUUGCGGCUGUCGCUCUUCCGACGUCGCCUGGGAGGAGGCCGGAAGAUCGCGCCUCACCGCCUCGCUCGUCCAUCGAGUGGGGCAGGGAGGCCCUCGCCCUCAAGGCAGACGCGAAAAGGAAGGCUGAAAGCGGCGAAAACGGCCCGGGAGACAGACGCGAAAAUCGAGACGUGGAACAGGGAGCGGACGAGGAUGCGCGUGCAUCGGAGAGGCAUUCGGCCACGCCGAGAGGCUCGUGCGUUUCGCGAGAACGGGGUCCAUCCUUCUUGGGCCAAGGCACAAUCUGCAGCGUCUCCUCCCUCGUCAGAAGUCGUCAGGGAAGUAUCGUCGGCGUCGACUCCUCGGGGUCCGUCCCAGAUAGCGAGUACGAUCACCGCGCGUUCCUCGCGUCCCUCGGCCUCUUCCCUUCCUCGUCGAGUUCGGACAGCCAGCGCGCGGGACAGCGGAACGCGAGUGCGAAGCGCGAAGACCGACGAGAGGGAGCGCGACGACGAGACAGCCCAGGAGAUACCUCGGAACCGCGCUACUCUGAGCCGCCGGCGUUCGUCCUUCGUCGCUUUCUUUGCACACGGGGGGCGGCUGGGGCACGCGCCUGUUCGCGGCAGCUUGCCUCAUGGCGUCGUCGCUUUUCGAGCGAGAUUUCCGGCCCGCUCGCCAGGCGUUUGGUGUCCGUCUCGGUGGUUUCGCUGGCGAUUUUCGGCAGCGUCUUUGCGUGCUUGCACGAGCUGCUUCUUCUCCUCGCCUUCAGAGUGGAAGGCGAGAAACGCGUUGCGACCUGGCCCGUCGUCACUUCGGUCGCCUACGCUGAGCUCCCCUUUCUUCUCCUCUUCACCUCAUUGUUUCGAUGGUGGCGACCGUGUCUCUCCGUCUCCCGAACGGUCGGCGUCUUGCUCCUGCUCGGCGCGAACGCCCUGCUGUGCUUCUCGCCACUCUUCUUUUCACCGUUGCCUUUCGCGAGGGUCAGCGACGGGCUAUUCAUUCUGUCCAACUCGUAUGCUUCGCUUACUUCCUUCACGAGUUCCUUUGCUUUCGGUGCUGUCCCUUGCUCGUCGCUGUCACCCUCGCCCGUCGAGGAGGACGCGUUCCCGGCGCCGGAUCUCGCUGCCACCGGGCUCUGGGCACCUCCGUUUCCCUCCCCCUUGACCCAACCUUCAUUUGAAGCCUCGCUCUCUUCCUCCGCCCCAUUCGCGUUCUCGUCCGCCCCUUUGGCGGCGCUCUCUGAAUCCUCGACGUCCACCACCACCUCUACGGCGUCUCCUUGGUCUCCGCGUCCGAGCGAAUCUGCGUCGUCGUCAGACGAACCCCCUUCCAAGUCUUCUGAGGCUGCUUUGGCGUCCGCGCCUUCCAACCCGCCUCGGAGAGACGCGGCAACGGCACCCACGUCCCUGCCUUCCCCUGACCAAGUCGAGACCGCCUUGCUCCUGCGUCGCAACGCACAGAACAGCGCGAAGAGCGACCCGCGACAUCCCUCGUCAGAUGGCGAGGCCUCCGGGCACCGCGGGCACGCAGCCACUGAAGACAAACGCGAAGCAACCGUCGGGAAAGUGUCCUCUGCCGCGAGCGCGGAGAAACUCAGUGACGGACAUCGGCGAGUUGAGGCGCAUGCAGCAGCGAUGAUGCUUGCUGUCGGCGCUUUGUUCGCUUCGCUCGUGGCGAGUCUCUCGCUGGCUCUGGCGCUCCACGCAGGCCUGUCGGUGUUGACGGCGUGCAUUCUGCGCUUCUUCACCCAGGGCCUUAUCGGCAGCCUCGGCCUCGUCUAUGGAAUCGCGUGGGGUCACUCGGUAGACAGCGCAGGCCUUGCAUCCGCCGUGCACCCGGCGUCGCCGCUGGCAACGGCCGCCUCAUGCGUCGGCGCAUGCGUUCUUGGCGUGCUUGCCACUGUCUCGUUCUUCAAGAGUGUCUCCCUUUCGUCGCUUCCAUUGAGCAGCGACAUCCGUGGCGGCUGCUGGGCAGUUGUCGCGCUCCUCGCGCUUGCCGUCAACCACUCAGUUCUGCCGGCGUCGGUCUCGUUUCUUCUUCUGCUGGCGUUGUCGGGCUCGCUUCUCUUCUGCUGGGGCUGCGUGGGUAGGCAUGUCCACAACGAGAGCGCGUGCGUCCGUCCCCUUGGAGCAGCGGAGUUGCCGCCGCGGAUUUUCCGAAUUCCGCCGUCCGACGACGAGUUCUCGAGCGCGCUGUGUGAAAGCUUACUCCCGGAAGAAGGCGACGAAACUGCGCGAGAAGAGCGCCACGCGGCAGCCGUCGGAGAAGAGAGGGAAGAGGACCGCGGAGUCUCAGACGAAGACAGCGAACAGGGGUGGUGUCGCCGAGGACGCUGCGGAGAAGAACAAAGACAGAUCAGAGAUGACGAGUACUGCGCUGAUGACGAGGGCGAAAGCGCCGACCCUUUGGCUGAGCGGUGCGACACGUGCGGCGAGGCGCAACAGAUAGAGGCUCUGCUGGACAGGAGCCGCUCGCGAGUUCCCGUCGGCUACUCGGGAGACGUGGGACGCGUCAGAGUGCUCGGUGGAGGUGAGCGUUGCGAGGCGGGGGAAGGCGGAUGCAGCGGUGCGCGGGCCUGGAUGUGA